UGUACGUCUCAAACAUGGCCGAGCUGUUGCGGCCAAGAUGCUGAGAUUUUACGUAGGAAGAAAGAAUACCGAACAGCCAUGGCGAGGCUGGCUGACUACUUUAUAGUGGUGGGCUACGACCAUGAGAAGACAGGCUCGGGUGAAGGUUAUGGCAAGAUCAUUCAGCGAUUUCCAGAAAAAGACUGGAUCGACACCCCUUUCCCACAAGGAAUAGAACUGUUUUGUCAACCGGGAGGAUGGCAGCUCUCGCGAGAAAGGAAGCAACCAACAUUUUUUGUUGUGGUUUUAACAGACAUAGAUUCAGAUCGUCAUUACUGUGCGUGUUUGACUUUUUACGAGGCUGAAAUCAACCUACAGGGGACCAAAAACGAGCACAGUGAUGGUGAAGAGGAGGAAUCUGGUCUAAUUCAGCCGGCCCAUAUAUUUGCUCCAAAAAGCUUAGUAUUGGUGUCUAGAUUAGAUUAUCCUGAGAUUUUUAGGGCCUGUCUUGGACUAAUCUACACUGUUUAUGUGGACAGUCUAAAUGUGUCACUGGAGAAUCUCAUUGCAAACCUCUUAACAUGUAUCGUCCCAGCCGCUGGGGGUUCACAGAAGCUGUUUACCUUAGGCGCAGGAGACAGGCAGCUCAUUCAGACUCCUUUGUAUGAAAGUCUUCCAGUUACAGGCAGCAGCGUGGCACUGCUUUUCCAACAGUUAGGAAUUCAAAACGUGCUCAGCCUCUUUUGUGCUGUUUUGACGGAAAACAAAGUUCUUUUUCAUUCCUCCAGCUUUCAACGCCUUAGUGACGCUUGUCGUGCUGUAGAAGCAUUGAUGUUUCCUCUUAAAUAUAGUUACCCUUAUAUUCCAAUCCUCCCCGUGCAGCUCCUAGAGGUGCUGAGUUCUCCCACACCGUUUAUUAUCGGAGUCCACUCCUUGUUUUGCACUGAGAUCCAUGACCUGUUAGAUGUGAUAAUCGCAGACUUGGAUGGCGGCACAAUCAAAAUUCCUGAAUGUAUUCAUCUCUCACAACUACCGGAACCGCUGCUGCAUCAAACACAAGCUGCGCUUUCUCUUGUCCUCCACCCUGAUCUGGAAGUUGCAGAUUAUGCUUUCCCACCAUUGCGCACCUCUAUGUCUCACAUAAAGAUGCUGGAUAAAGAAGUCCGAGGAGUCUUCCUGAGGUUGUUUGCUCAGAUAUUCCAGGGUUACAGGUCUUGUCUUCAGCUCAUCCGUAUCCAUGCAGAACCUGUCAUCCACUUCCACAAGGCGGCCUUCCUUGGUCAGCGUGGUCUGAUAGAGAACGAUUUCCUCACUAAAGUACUUAAUGGAAUGGCAUUUGCUGGCUUUGUGUCAGAAAGAGGGCCUCCGUACAGAACUUGUGAUCUAUUUGACGAGCUGGUUUCCUCUGAAGUUGAGAGAAUUAAAGAGGAUGAACUAUACAACGUGCAAAAGACACUGAGACACGUCAGGGAACUUGCUGAACAACUAUUCAAAAAUGAAAAUCCAAAUCCUCACAUGGCAUUUCAGAAAGUUCCAAAGCCAACUGAAGGAUCCCACUUACGAGUUCAUAUUCUUCCCUUUCCAAAAAUUAAUGACCUCAAAGUUCAAGAACUUAUCCAAGAAAGUCUCUCCAAAAAUCAAAAUGCCAGCCUGUCCGCUCGUGUUGAAAAGAAAUGUGUUGUUCCUGCUGGGUCUCCUGUUGUUUCCAUAUUGGAUAAGAGCAGCUCUGUUUUCAACAGUGCUAGAAGACUGGAAGUUGUUAGAAACUGCAUCGCAUACAUAUUUGAAAACAAAAUAUUGGAAACUGAAAAGACCCUUCCUGCUGCAUUGAGAGCGCUUAAAGGAAAAGCAGCAAGACAGUGUCUUACAGAAGAACUGGGGCUACAUGUUCAACAGAAUCGAACAGUGUUGAACCACUCGCAGUUCGAUUACAUAGUGCGAAUGAUGAAUUGCACGCUGCAGGAUUGUUCAAAUUCAGAAGAGUACAACAUAGCUGCGCUGCUCCUUCCUCUUGCCACUGUAUUUUGUAGGAAAUUGUCCCCUGGUGUGAGUCAGUUUGCUUAUUCUUGUGUGCAAGACCAUGCAAUAUGGACAAAUCAACAGUUCUGGGAAACAACAUUCUACAGUAAUGUUCAAAAUCAAGUGCGAUCCCUUUAUUUAACUACAAAGGACAAUAAUGAAGUGGAUUCCUCUUUGUCCAAGGAAAAUGGCAUUGAAACGCAGAACCAGGAAAACACAGUUAUGGAUCUGGCUGCAGAGCAGUUACGUCUGUGGCCAACGCUGAGCAAAGAGAAGAAGCAGGAACUCGUACAGAGCGAGGAGAGCACGGUUUUUAGUCAAGCAAUUCACUUUUCAAACCUAAUGGUGUAUCUGCUGGUACCACUAGACACCAGCAAAAACAAACUGCUAAGAACAUCUGCUACUGGGGACUGGGAAAGCGGAAGCAACAGCAUCGUUACAAACAGCAUUGCUGGAAGUGUUGCAGAGAGCUACGACACCGAAAGUGGGUUUGAGGACUCGGAGAAUGAUAUUGCGAAUUCUGUGGUCCGCUUCAUCACUAGAUUCAUUGAUAAGGUCUGUACAGAGAGCGGAGUGACACAAGAUCAUAUAAAGAGUCUACACUGCAUGAUACCGGGUAUUGUGGCUAUGCAUAUAGAAACGCUGGAGGCUGUGCAUCGGGAAAGCAGGAGACUUCCACCCAUUAAAAAGCCCAAAAUCUUGAGGCCAGCCCUGUUGCCUGGGGAGGAAUUUGUGUGUGAAGCUUUGCGUGUUCUUCUUGACCCUGAUGGAAGAGAAGAAGCCACAGGAGGGAUACUUGGAGGUCCACACAUUCUACCAGCAGAGGGCGCUCUAUUUCUCACUACACACAGAAUCAUCUUUAAAGGGACUCCUCAUGACCCACUAGUGGGAGAGCAGACCGUCAUCCGAAGUGUCCCAAUCUCUUCCAUAACGCGAGAAAAAAAGAUAAACAUUCAGAAUCAUCUCCAGCAAAAUAUGCAAGAGGGUCUCCAGAUCAGAUCAGCAACAUUCCAGUUAAUUAAAGUAGCAUUUGAUGAAGAAGUAAGCCCUGAAAUGGUGGACCUCUUUAAGAAGCAGCUAAUGAAGUUCCGGUAUCCCCUUUCCAUCUUCAGCACGUUUGCAUUUGCAGCAGGUCAGACAGCGCCUCAGAUAAUCUUACCAAAGCAGAAGGAAAAGAACACAUCCUUUCGAACUCUUUCUAAGACAAUUGUGAAAGGUGCUAAACGAGCUGGUAAAAUGACAAUUGGGCGCCAGUAUGCUGCAAAGAAAAAAAACAGCAUAAUAUUAGAAGAGAGAGGGAGCCGAUCAGGGGGAUUUGAAGAUGAUGAUAUAUCUGUGUCAGAUGAUAAUGAACUGCCAAGUGGAACAUUAAAAGCAUCUGAAAAAUCGACAAUGGAGCAGUUGGUGGAAAGGGCGUGCUUCAGAGAUUAUCAGCGUCUGGCCCUAGGAACCAUUAGCAACUCCUCUUCACGAUUAAAAACAGAGCACUUUAGGGUCACAGCGAUGAACAGAAUGUACUCUCUUUGCAGAAGUUAUCCAGGCCUUCUAGUUAUACCUCAGUCUGUCCAGGACAGUAGCCUACAUAAAGUCGCCCGCUGUUAUCGCCAUAACAGACUUCCUGCAGUGUCCUGGAAAAAUUCUAAAACCAAUGCAGUGUUACUUCGUUCUGGAGGUUUUCAUGGAAAGACAGUUGUUGGUCUCUUCAAAUCACAAAAUACACAUACAGCUGCUCCGGCAUCCUCAUUAGAGUCAUCAAGUAGUAUUGAGCAGGAGAAAUAUCUGCAAGCCUUACUGAACGCUAUCUCUGUACACUACAAAAUGAACGGCGGUAGUACUCUCACCAUCCGACCAACCCUUGCGUUGUCACCAGGCAGUGAAAGAAAGACUUCGAAAAUGACCAGUGUGGUUAAACAUGUUGUACCCGGUCACUUGGAUGGCAGUCUGUCCAAUAGCUUUGCUCGUGGAGGUGUAUGGGCAAGUCUUCGUUCAAGCAAUCGCUUAAUCACGACCCAGACUCCCCUUAUUGAUGUUGGAGCACGGCUGGCUGGAAAGGAUCAUGUCGUACCCUACAGUGACAACUCCGCUUUGCAGAAUCAGCUAUUGAAGCGCCAGGCAGCUCUCUAUAUUUUUGGGGAGAAAUCUCAAUUAAGGGGAUUCAAGUUUGACUUUGCAUUGAAUUGUGAAUUUGUUCCGGUUGAAUUUGGAGAUAUUCGGCAAGUGAAGACAAGUUUUAAGAAACUGAUGAGGGCGUGUGUACCUAGCAGUAUCCCUGCAGAUUCCGAAUUAACGUUCCUUAAGUCAUUGGGAGAAUCUGAGUGGUUCUUGCAGAUGCACAGAAUAAUCCAGCUCUCUGUGAUUGUAUCAGAACUCAUGGAAAACAGAUCUUCUGUUAUGGUUUGUUUAGAAGAAGGCUGGGAUAUUACCACACAGGUUGUGUCGUUGGUGCAGCUACUUGGAGAUCCCUUUUACAGGACACUUGAAGGUUUCCGUAUGUUGAUAGAGAAGGAGUGGCUUUCAUUUGGACAUAAAUUCAGCCAGCGCAGCAAUCUCUCCCUCAACAGCCAAGGCAGUGGUUUUGUACCAGUUUUCUUACAGUUUUUGGAUUGUGUACAUCAGAUACACAAUCAGUAUCCAACAGAAUUUGAAUUUAAUCAAUACUAUCUGAAGUUCCUGGCAUUCCAUCACGUCUCCAACCGCUUUAAGACAUUCCUUCUGGACUCUGACUAUGAAAGGUUGGAACAUGGAACGUUAUUUGAAGAUAAAGGAGAUAAACACACAAGAAGAGGAGUCUGUAUAUGGGACUGCAUUGAAAGAAUGCACAGGAGAAGUCCAGUUUUCUUCAACUAUUUGUAUGCACCCACUGAAGUGGAUGCAUUAAAACCAAGUGCUAACAUAUCUACCCUAAGGAAGUGGGAAUACUACAUGGAAGAGACUUUAGCAACUGGUCCAUCUUAUGACUGGUGCAUGGUCCAUUCACGAUUAAAUGCUGCAGAAGAGCCCGACCAAGCUGAAGAUGCUUCUAAGCAGAGUAAGAGGAAAGUGGUUUGGCCAUGCUAUGACAACAUCUCCAAAGUCCAACCUGAUGCAAUCACGUACCUGAUUAAUGAAAUCGAACGUUUGGAGAACAAGUUAAAUCAAAGUUCAGAAAGGUGGCAGCUUCUGUGGGAAAGAGCAAAAAUAAAACUUAAGGAAGACACCAGAAAAGAGAAUAGGACUCCCUCCAGCCUAAUGUCCGCUAACCUUCAGUCGUACCAGAAAAGGUCAAUGGUGCAUCUUCCAGACAGUGGGAUAGGAGAGGAGCAGACUAUGGUGUCUCCUUCCAAUGGCGUUGAUAGAAGAUCAGCUACACUAUACAAUCACUUUACCUCAAAGAAUGAGGAGAACAGGUCAUUUGAAGGUAUUCUGUACAAGAGGGGCGCUUUGCUAAAGGGCUGGAAGCCGCGUUGGUUUGUACUUGAUGUAACCAAACACCAGCUGAGAUAUUAUGACUCAGGUGAAGACACAAGCUGUAAGGGGCAUAUCGAUCUAGCUGACGUUGAGACUGUGGUUCCUGCAGCGCCAUCUAUAGGAGCGCCUAAACAUGCCAGUGACAAAGCGUUUUUUGAUGUAAAAACCAGCAAGCGUGUGUAUAAUUUCUGUGCGCAGGAUGCCCAGAGUGCGCAGCAGUGGAUGGACAAGAUACAGAGCUGUAUUUCUGAUGCGUAACGAGUCUGUGCACUGGAGAUAUCUCUUUUAUAGAAGGACUGUUUUUUUAUUGUUUGUACUAAAGUGCCCAUUUUAUUUCAAGCAGCAUCUCAUGUAACAAAAUACAAAACUUUUUUUUUAAAUAUUUUUUUUUGGUGUAGCUGGAUGUAGGCACCGGUGACCUGUGCUUAUUGCAGAUUAGUCCCGCACUGGAACAUCUGUCUAGUGGAUGCUUAGCACGAGGGAGCAGCAGUCUGGUUUUCUCUUUCAUUUAUCUCUAUCUAACUUUACUUCUUCACACUUGCCAUCGUUAUACUUUUACACCCUGCUCCUUAAUGCUCUCUCUGGGGGUUAGAAAGAGAAGCUAAAUCCAGCUGUGUUCAUCUCAGAACAAAGUUUUUAAACUGAACAACCAGCUUAGAGACGAUUCAUUGUCUCAUUUCGUGUCAGAGACAAAUAGAUAUUUCACAAAUAUUGUGCUAACUUUGCAAGGGUACAAGCUACUGAUUUUGGAACCCUUCACCUUUAAAUAUAAUAUGCAGCUAAAGAUAACCCGUGCCCAUAAAGUUUACAGUUUGGUUGUUUUUGCCAUUUUGUGUAAAGAUGUUCAUUUUAGAGCUGUCAUAGAUCUGAGCUAGUCAGUUCUUUGUGUUUACAAUACAAAACCGUGUAUAGUUUAAUUUUUUCAUUUGAUAUUUUAACGAAAUGCAAAAAGCAGCUUAUCGGAGUCUAGUAUUGGUGCAGUGCAGAAAACAGUUCCUUUGCUUUUGAACUUGCAAUUUGUAUUGUAAUUUCGAUAGUAAAGUCAAAACAAGUGCUAGAACUAGUUUCAUAAAAUAGGAAAUAAAACCCUUUUCUUUGUACCAUGUGCAGGUCUUUCUGUAUUCCAGUUGUGCACUAUUCCUUCUUGGUGUAAAUACAUAGAAAUGCACUAUACCGUAAUGCAAGCACUUGCACUUAAGUCUUUGAAGUAUAAAAAAAAAACAAAAAAAAAAUAAGAUUCCAAAAGAAAUGGCUCAGAAAUAACAGUAUAUAAAAUCCACUAUGUACAUAGGUUUGUUUUCAAUGUGAAGUUGAUAUUUCAAAACACUUACCCUUAAUUUGUAAGAAUGUUUUAUUAUUUUUAUCCAAGAACAAUGGGUAUGUUUAAGUCCUUAAAGGAUUAAUGUGUAUAGCCAAAAUAUGUGUUCUCUACAGCCUCUUGUGAUAUUCUUGACUGGAGUAAUUAGAUAGCAAAUUUGAUUUUAAACUGUUAAUAUCGUUCUCUUCUAUUUCAAGGUUUGUACUGUAAAUAAAUGAUUUUGUAUUUUCUGAUGUUUCAAAAUCAAGUUAUGCCUGUAAUUUAAUAGCAGAAUUUAUUCACUACUGCUAUCCAUCAGCAGUGAUUUGUGUUAAAUUAACAAAACUUAUUUUAUUAUUUAGAUUUACUUGUUGGUUGGUCAAUUUUACUUUGAAGCCACACAUUUUCACUAGAUAGUGCUUGGAGACAUUCCAUUCUCUACCCAAUAGGAAUAGUUUUUUUCUUAUUUUAUUUCAGAAUGAAGGCACAUGUAAGAGAUUUUGUAUCACCCAGUUUCUAAAUUGUCACAGGUGAAAAUGACACUUUGCACAUUUGUUCUUGUCUUUGUAUAUGAAGUACCUUUUAUGUACUUUGUAAAAUAAGAGCCCAUUGUUCGUUAGAUACCAUAAGGGGGGAAAAUGUAUACACUUUAUUUUUUAACUUGUUUUAACAAUUGUAUGUAUUUGUUCUGACGUGUAUGCUAACCAUCUUGUAAUAAAUAUACUGCUGUUAAAAGUGGUGUAAAUAAAAACAUACAGUGCAUUUAAAAGAA